AUGGCUGGUUUUGUCCUGGGAGGUAUGGCUGCCUGUGGAGCUGUAACCUUCACUAACCCUUGGGAGGUGGUUAAGACCCGACUUCAACUUCAAGGAGAGUUGGUUCGUUCUGGAACCUUGGCGGCGGAGGCUAAGCCCUAUCACAACAGCUUUCAGGCGCUAGGCCUCGUUUUUAAAGGCGAAGGCGUCCGUGGUAUUCAGAGAGGUUUAGGAGCGGCCUAUGUGUAUCAAGUGUGUCUGAAUGGUUCUCGACUUGGCUUUUACGACCCUAUUCGUAAUAUCAUUCUGAACGUCACUGGCUCCGAAGGUGUAUCCGCCCGAGUUGCUUCCGGUGCUUUGGCUGGAAUGGCAGGCGCUUUGCUUGGUUCACCGCUGUACUUGGUGAAGACCCGCAUGCAGUCAUUCUCGCCUGUUUUCGCAACCAUUGGUCAUCAACAUCAUUACUCGUCAACCUGGUCAGCAUUAUCCAGUAUCUGGAAGCUUGAAGGAGUUCGUGGCUUGUAUAGAGGCUGUGAUGCUGCCAUGGCUAGAGCCGGUGUUGGAAGUGCUGUACAAUUGCCAACAUACGAUUACUCCAAGCGAUUCCUCAAGGCUCGUUUCAAUAUGGUCGAAGGCACAUCUCUUCACUUUGCUGCAAGUAUGAUUUGCGGUUUCCUUGUAUGCUGCGCUAUGAACCCAUUCGACGUUAUCAGCACUCGUAUGUAUAACCAAAAGGUCGACCCUGUCACGAGAGUGGGUGUCUUGUACAAGAACCCUGUGGAUUGCUUGGUCAAGAUGGUUCAAACUGAAGGUGUAGGGGGUCUAUACAAGGGAUUUGCUGCUCAUUAUUUGAGAAUAGGCCCACAUACUAUGUUGAUGUUUGUAUUCUACGAACAAUUGAAGACGGCAUACAAGAAACAUUUUGAUUGA